UCAUCAUCAUCAUCAUCAUCAUCAUCACCAUCAUCAUCAGCACCAUUAGCAUCAGCCUGGACUUUGGCAUCACCGCUGCAGCAUGACUGAGGAAGAGACGCUGGUCGACUUGGAGGUGGCGUCGCUGCUGCUGUUUUGCGUGCUGGUGGCCUUCCUGGUCGUCCACUUCAACAUCCGGUUCCUGCCCGAGUCUGGUGCGACCAUGCUUGUGGGGAUGGCGUCUGGCGCGAUCGCUCGGUUUGCGCUCGGACGCGAGGCCUCGUUCGACGCUGACUUUUUCUACUAUUUUUUACUGCCGCCAAUCAUCUUUGACGCGGGCUACUCGCUCAAGCGCCGCGACUUUUUCUCCAACAUUGGCAGCAUCCUCAUGUACGCCGUCUUUGGAACCAUGAUCUCCACCCUCGUCAUCGGUCUUUCCGUAUACGGCAUUACCCGAAACCCGCACCUCGACGCCAUCAACUCGACCAAUCCUGUGGAUAGCCUUGUAUUUGGCUCGCUGCUUUCUGCCACUGAUCCUGUCGCCACGCUGUCGGUGCUGGGAUCCCUGAACGUCGACCCACUGCUCUACUCGCUCGUGUUUGGCGAGGCUGUGCUCAACGAUGCCGUGUCGAUUGUCUUGUUUCACUCGUUCCUGAACUUCCGCGCCGAGGAUGCCUCGGUUGCGAACGUGUUCAAGGCCAUUGGCACGUUUGUGCUGGUUUCCGUGGGCUCGAUCGCCAUUGGCGUUGCCAUCUCGCUGGUGGCUGCGUUCUGCAUGAAGCGGGUUGACUUGCGUCACCACCCUUACUUUGAGACGUCCUCUCUGCUCAUCAUUGCGUACAUUAGCUUCCUUUCUGCGGAAGCUGCCGAAUUGAGCGGUUUGAUGGCUCUCUUUUUCUGCGGUUUGUCGAUGGCACACUACACGUUCUACAACCUCAGUCAAGUGUCCCGCGUGGCCUUUGGUCACACUUCCAAGACGCUGACCUUUAUCACCGAGACAGUCGUGUACCUCUAUCUCGGCCUGCACGCCUUCUCCGAGGCAAACGCCGAGUACCACAUUGGGUUUAUCGCACUCACCACCGUCAUUGUGCUCUUCAGCCGCAUCCUGUCCGUUUUUCCGCUCUCCUUUAUUCUCAAUCUCUUCCGCAAAGUGCGCAUUACCUUUAACAUGCAGUGCAUGAUGGCCUUUGCGGGUCUUCGAGGCGCCAUCGCCUUCUCGCUGGCGCUCACCCUUCCUUCGUCGUGCACUGAAACGUCCUGCAUCAACAACAACGCCAUCGUCACCACCACCAUGGUCAUUGUCCUGUUCACAACGCUCGUCCUGGGCUGUCUCACCGAGCCCACUCUCCGGAUUCUCAACAUUGACCGCUUUGAUUCCGACCUUUCGCACGACACUCUCGAGACCAUGACCCGCCCGGAUUUCGACACGGAUGUGAGCGCACGACACGCGCACGCCAGUCCGGCCGGCAAGAAGCCUCGCUCGCGAUUCCACGCCUUGUGGAUUCGCAUUGACGAGAAGGUAAUGAAGCCCAUGUUCGGUGGUCGCCUUCGCCGACCCGAGGCCGUGGCCGACUCUGAGGCGCCAGAGCAUCGCCAGUCCACCAGCGGGUAUUCACCUCUGCUGGACCACGCCGACGAUCCCACGGCUCACGAGCCGCAGCUCGGAGACGAGCAGCCGUUCGAUGUUGCGCCCGUUGGCUCGACGCAGCUGCCGAUGCGUGCUUCUCGAAGCAACAGCUUGGACAGCCGUCAUGGCAGCUACGAGCCUUCGCUGCAAAACACUGCCACCUACAACUAUUACCUGACUGACGACGACCGACUGAACGAGCAACGCGCGCAGGUGCAACGCGGAAUGUCGUACGGCUCGACACAUUCGGUGGAUCGUUCCCCUUCAGCGCAGGGGGACAAUGACAGCAUUUCGCACGAAAGCGGUUACCGCGCCUUUGCGGACUCUUUCAACGACCACGACCACAUGGAGCUCAGUCCAUCGUUCGAUCGUAGUCGAGGUGUGUCCACGGUGUCGGCUCCUGUCUCACGGUCUGCGUCCACUCGUCAAACGAUUCGUGGCGCUCGUGAGGUGGCAACCGUUUCAGACGAGAAUGUCGAGGCCGCGUUGGACGAGGCUCGGCAGCUGCACCUCGGCUCCAAGCGCUCUGGACGUGACGUGUAUUUUGUUGACCAACGCGCAAGUCCUUCAGCUCAACAAAAUCAAGAUCAAGCGUACUCUCGGCAGACCAGUCGGGCCGCAAGUAGUCUCAGUCGGCAAGAGUCAGCCGGCACUGGCUAUCACGUGCACAGCGCCACUUCGCCUCAUCCCCAAUUCCAAAGGCCUUCUGCUCCCACUUCGCCGAUGCCUGCGGAUGAUCUCUUGAUUGCACUGAGCGAAUCAGGCUCCCAGCCACAACAGGCAACCCCCGGUUCCUCGUCGUCACAGUCGGAGUCCCAAGCCUAAGACAACGGGGGUGGGAUUUCUUUUGUUUUUGCUUUUUUUUUUGUAUGUGCUAGCCAGGGAACCAGUGUCGGGGUAGCUUUAAUGGCGUCGCGACCCGGCUCGUCACAAGUGUGCUACGCAUUUCCGUUCAUGUACUUUUAUUCUGUUGCGAUUUGGUGUUUCAGCGCGUUUUGCUGUUUUAUCACGAGUGCAAAAACACAAUACGAGCUAGAGUCAAGCAAGAUUAAAUCGUG